AGCUUCCACUUUUUAUAUAUGUCAGUCCGUUUGAUGAUUUGAUCUUAUUCUGUUCCACUUCUUUUGGAAAACAUUCAUACAAUACAUACAUGCCACUGAAUCUAAUCCAUUCCAAAUGUUCAAGAAAAGAUUUUUAACUUUUACAUGCAAAUAAGACCCUGUCCAAAUUCGGAACUUGCAGUUUCCAUUGACUGCUUCUUGGUCCAGAAGUAGAGAACAUACCUCUUUUUCAGCUGAAGCUCUCUCUUUUCUGUGUUUUGCUCUCUCUGGAACUCACACACAAUGGCUGAGAAUGGCUCUCUGUUUUUCUUCUUUUCUUCUCUGUCAGUUUCGGCGUGUCUCACACGCCUAAGUCACUGCCCAAGGAAAAUGGCAUGCUGACUUUGGAACACUUCUCAUUAAACGGAAAGCUGAAUUUGAAGACUCUUGGAACCAAGCUCAUAAAUGAGCUUUGACAAGGCAUGGCAAGCAAGUGGACUGGACCCACACGAUAUUGCAAUAAUAUGGCAUCAGGUAGGGAAUUUCAUUAACAAUAAGAUUUUCUCUUGCUGAGCAGCAAAAAUGGCUUUGGCUUCUUCUGCAAAAGUGGUUCUAGGCCCAAUUGCUUUUGCAAUCUUCUGGGUUUUGGCGGUUUUCCCAGCUGUUCCUUUUCUACCAGUUGGGAGGACUGCAGGGUCCCUCCUGGCGGGCAUGCUAAUGGUCAUAUUUACAGUCAUAACUGCAGAUCAAGCAUAUGCUGCAAUUGAUCUUCAAAUCCUUGGUCUUCUCUUUGGGACCAUGGUUGUCAGUGUAUAUCUUGAAAGGGCAGAUAUGUUCAAGUACUUGGGAAAGUUGCUCUCAUGGAAGAGUAGAGGGGCAAAGGAUUUAAUUUGUCGAGUCUGCCUGAUUUCUGCCAUUUCAAGUGCUUUUUUUACUAAUGAUACCUCUUGUGUAGUUUUGACUGAAUUUGUCUUGAAAAUUGCAAGGCAACAUAAUCCCCCACCUCAUCCUUUCCUUCUUGCCCUGGCCUCUAGUGCAAAUAUUGGGUUGGCAGCAACUCCAAUUGGCAACCCCCAAAACUUGGUUAUAGCCGUUCAGAGCAAGAUAUCUUUUGGGAAUUUUCUAAAAGGAAUUCUCCCUGCAAUGAUCAUGGGUGUAAUUGUCAAUGCCGUACUUCUUCUAUGUAUGUACUGGAAGUUGUUAUCUAUCGAAAAGGAUGAGCAAGAUGUAGCUUUAGAAGUUCUUGCAGAGGAGGAAUUGAAUUCUCAUCGUUUUUCACCAUCCACAAUGACACAUUUUACAAACUUGAAUUCUCGGGAAUGGAACUCUAAAUUGGAAGUUAUGGCUGUGCAAAGCUCUCCUGGCAUGAGUGUUCCCAUGGGACAUGUUGAGAACCUUAGGAACCGAUCAAUUCCGAGUGAGAAUGAAAUCCAAGGGGUUCCUAGUGGCACAUCGGAGUCUGCAAGAAAUCAAAAGAGGCAGCAAAUGAUGUAUCUUCUCAGGUAAAGGAGGAAACAAUCCCUUCAAAGAGAGAUGUACUUUCUGUACUGUUUUCAGAAGGAAAAGAUGAUUUGACCACGAGAUGGAAAAAAAUAU